UGGAAAAAGAUUCUGCGAUGAAGUGAGGAGAAAGGGAAUUACAAUCUGCGACAUUCAUUUAUUCAUUCAUUUGAGAAAGAAACAUAUAUCAACUUUUUUAAAAUUAUCAUUGAAAUUAGAUAAAUACAUGAAAAUUUGUCAAAAUGCUUGAAUCUGCAAGAAAUAACAAUACUCAAAUGUCUGAUGACGAACUUGAUGAAGCGGUUACAAAUCAUCUGAAGAAACUCGACGCGUUAGAAAUCAUGGAGAAAUUCUUAGAAAAUGCAAAAUUGAAUCCACCAGACUCUUUACGUGUCGACGAGCUCGUAUGCACCGAUUCCGUCACUUCAAAUGAUUGGGCAGAUGCUCCUAACUCUUGGUUGACGAAACCUCCUGAAAUAUUCACUCAAGAAAUAUUCAAUCUAUCUUCAUUAUUUGGAGCACCCGAGUGGAAAUCUAAAAAUGUUUAUAGUAUAUCGAAUCCUGGUCCCAUGUCAUCUAAUAAACUUGUCAUUCGACCAAAUGAAAAAAGUGAAGAGUCACUGAAGGUGGAGAAUUUAAAUUUGUUGGUUAAAACAAGAGAUUAUUUGGCGUACUAUCAACAGAAUCAGGGGAUUCCCUGGGAUGACUACGGAUUUGUAUCACUCCUGAAGGUUAUGGGCCAAGCGACAGGAAAAUCCUUUUUAGCAUUAUUCUUUAUUCUCGUCAAUAUUGCUCCGAUGAUACAAAUUCUUCUUUUCGUGUCCAGAUUUAUUCUGGAGAAAAGCGUGGCGAUUUUGUCCUUAAAAAACACCCACCAAAGAGCCAUGAAAUCCGUAAUUUUCAGUCUCCAGUUGAUGGCAAUCUACAUCUGCCUAUUCUUUAUCUUCGGUUCCAUCUGGCUUCCUAUCCUACAAAUGGUCCUCAGUAUUAUCUCCCAAAUAUUAUUUUUCAAUUAACAACAGCAAUAAAUAUAUCAUGUUUAUAAUUUCGGUACUCAUUAUUUUUACUUGUACCAUACUUUUCCUUUAAAGAAUUUUGGACAAGAUAAUGGCAAUUUUAUCCGUGAAAAAAAUUAAAAAUAAAAAACAAAGCAAAAAAA